AUGACACAACAGAAAGCCAAAGAAGGGGAUAAAGCAGUGAGGAUUUUUGCUGCUCAGAAUGUGAUUAUGAGAAGAGAGACGGGGGAUAAGAUCAAGCAACAGAAUCAGAUGAUCCAGCAAAGGGUACAGGUGUCUUGUGGGGAGAAGGUAUACAUGCCUGUUAUCAUAGGAAUGAUGAAUGAGAACAUUGCUAGGAAGCAACAGUUUUGGAAUAGUUUAUUUGAUCAUGGCAGUUCAUCAGGAGAAAAGAAGGAAGUGGAUGAAGUGAGUGAGAAAGACAUUGUUCCUGCUCUUGACCCCGAUCCAGGGAUCAAUGAGUAA